GUGUUUACAGCAGUCAGGGGGAACUGAUGCAAUUCCCGAGCUCCCGUUGCGGGAGCGGAGCGCCCGGGCAGCAGGUGGGAAGGGGUUUAUCAGGGAAUCCCUGAUAUCAGGGACAUGCCCUUCCACCCUGGCCAUACUGGGGACCCAGUGCCAGCCCCCAGCCCCGGGGGGGGGUUUGGGAAGGGAGGCUGGAGGGAUGGGGGCUCUCCGGAUGCAUUGGAGAACAGGACGUGGCAUCUUUCUCAGAGCUGCUUUUAAAGCUCGUGAUUUACAGAGCGCAAUUAGCAGGCUGGUAAUUGGCCCAAUCUUAAUUGAUCCUGAAGAGGGGGAGAGCAGAAGUGCCAGAGCGCCCACAAAGCCACGUCCUGGGUCCGAGGUGACACAUCCAGCUGCCCAUCCUGCCCCGGGACAGGGGGUGGGGACACACACGGUGCCCCUUUGCCUGCCUGGGGUGUGGGACAUCCCUGCCCCGUCCUUCUCCCUUCGUCUCGGGCUUCCCAGGGGUUUGGGCAAGGCAAGAGCCGCUUCCAGCCGUGGCAACUGAGCCCCUCUUUGGGCAAAGGGGCUGCCCGGAACCCCCUUGAGAGACUUGAAAGCUUUGAGCUCCCUCUUGAGGCUCUUCCUGCCCCAAAAUCCUGGGGUUUCGGGGAGCCCGAGCUGCUGGAUGCCCUGGGAUGAGACCUGCAGUGCUCUGCACCCCAGGGUAGGACACGGCUGAGCCCUGUCCCUCUCCCGGCCAGGGGGAAGGGACAGGGAUGCUGCCAAUGGUUUGGGGACUUUGGGGACACAGUCCCGGGGACUGACAUCCCCCUCCAGGCAAAAAUACAAGCGGGGCUGGAAAGGAGCCGGGAGCCAAACCCGAGCUGCUGCCAAGGGCAACACGGCAGCUUUCAAAAUAGCCCCUGUCGGCUCCGGGAGCGGGGGGUGCCAGGGGAACCACCCACGCGGGACGGGAAGGCCGGGCCGGCACUGCCCCCGCGCCAGACGGAAAGGUCACCCCUUCCAGAUCCCACAGCCAGGCCCGGGCACGGGCCCAGGCACUGCUGCCACCGGGAUGGAGGGGGCUGUGUCACACCCGCUCCCCUGGCCUGGCCCUGGCAGGGUGCCCAGGAUGUGCCCGGGAAGGCCAGACCCCGAUGUCCCCCGGUGUCCCCUUGUCCCCCACACGGGGGGAAUUCCCAUGCCAGGGGGGUGGGUUUGAGGGGGGAAACUCUGCCUUGGCUUCUCCACCACUCCCGAGGCUUGGGGUCUUUCCCGAGGUAAUAGGUGACCUGUGGAGUGAAUUUUCCCCGAGUUAAUCCUGCUUUAAUGCUCCCCGAUUCCCAGGGGGCCCCGCUGGCAGGGCAGGUCCCAGAGGGGAAGGCGAUUCUGCUUCCCAGGAUAUUUAUAAGACAUGGGAAACUCGUGGGGGCCCCAAGGGCCGGGGGCUGACGGCAGCGCAGAGCCCCGGGGGUCCUUUCCCAGCCUUCCGGGACUGAGAACGUUUUGGGUGCUCCCCCCGGACCUGGAGACGAUUCUCCCCCUGCAGGUGGAGGCCAAAGGUGCCUCUCCUGGGGGGACGCGGGAUGAGGGCACCGCGGUGGCCCCUUCCCACCACCCUCCCCCUUGUCCUCUCCUCUCUGGGGCCGGGGUUGUGUCGCCGGGGGUCAAUCCCGGGGGUUUCCCAGGAGCGGGACGGUCGGGGCUGGGAACGUGGAGAGCGAGGGGGAGCGGCAGGAUGCUCUGCUCGGUGUCCGUCUGUCCCUCCCGCCGAGCCCAAAGGGGCUCCUCGGACCCUCCUCCAUCGCCCUCCCGAGCCCCCCCUGCCCCGAGGAGGCUCCGGGGGCCCCGCCGGGGGCGGGCGGCGGGCGGAGCCGGCCCGGGGGACGGAGGGGGGGGGUCGGUCUGCGAGGGGAGGGCCCGGGGGCAGGACCGGCCCGGGGGCAGGACCGACCCGCCCCGGCGGCCACGGGCGGGGCAGGAAGGCGGCCGGGGGCGCUCCCGGCUCGGUGCCGCUUCCCGGUGCCCGUUAUCAGUUCCCUUUCCCGCUCCCGGUGCCCGUUAUCAGUUCCCUUUCCCGCUCCCGGUGCCCGUUAUCAGUUCCCUUUCCCGCUCCCGGUGCCCGUUAUCAGUUCCCUUUCCCGGUGGCCGGGAUCCGGCGGCGGGAGCCCCGAGGAGUUGGGGAGCGCACGCACCGUCGGGUGGGACCCCCCGGAGCCCCCCCGGUGCCCGACCCCGCCAUGGCCGGCGCUUACCGGGAGCGGGCCCUGACGGUGCUGCUGCUCUUCGGCGCCCUGUCCGCCGUCAUGGCCCUGCUCUCCUCCAACCUCCUGCUGCAGCUCUCGCAGGAAGAGCACUGGGAGCUGCCGGGCUGGGCGAAGCGCUCGAUGGAGGUGGCGGAGGCCACGCUGGCCGCGCUCUGCCUGAUGCUCAACCUGAGCUGCCUCCUGCUCUGCCUCCUGCACGGCCACCUCGGCACCGAGCUGGGCCGGGGGCAGCCCGGGCACGACCGGGCUGACAGGUUCCUCCAGGACACCAGGAAGGUCCGGCACGCCGCCGUCGGCCUCUUCUGCUGCGGGAUCUGCUGUUACCUCACAGCUCUCGCCCUCCACGUGCUGAGGGUGUCGGCGCUGAGGGUCGGAAUUCCCGCCGCCUGCGCCCUGUUCUCCGGGAUCAUCGCGCUGCUCAUCACGGUGACCCACACCCUGCUCCGGGCGCUCCGCGCGUCCCGGCGCCGCCUCCCCGGAGCCUCCCCCGGCCCCUACGAGAACGGAGACUCCUCCGACGGGGCCGAGCCGCGGCCCCGCCCCGACAUCCACCGGAAAUUUUCCUUCCCGGUUUUCCUGGAGAGCAGGGAGGGCUCGGGGCAGCCCCGCGCGCACAGGACGCUGUCGGCGGAGUCCGGGAUGCUGCAGGCGCAGGGCAAAGCCUGGAAUGUCAUCCCGCCGGAGAUGGGGGACGCCAUGGCGAGAAAAACCCCCGGCAAGGACCUCACGCUGGUGUGAGGGCAAGGGGGGACCCUCUCCAGGCCUCGUCCCGGGGCAGCUGAAGGCGCCAGCGCUGGGAUUUGCACCCCCAGCUCGGAGCCCACGCGGGGUCGGGGCUCGCGAAGCUGCUCCUCCCUCCCCAUCCCCUCCUGCCUUGUGCCUUUUUGCUGCUUUUGCUGAAUAAAUCACCACUUCUGCUCGAAGCCAAAA